UUCAGACCGAGAUAAAGAUAACGUCUGGAUAUCAAUUCUCACACCAGCUGGGGAAUAAUUACUAAAGAAAGAUAGGAGGACAGAGAGCAAGGGGAACAGAGAGAGAAGAUGGAUGUACAAACGGAGAACACGGACCCCCCGCCUUGUGAGACCCAGUCGAGUGGAAAAAUCAGGAAAGGAUUCAAGCUGUUUGGCAAACGCAAGCCAGGUAACAUCUUUUCUAUCCGUAACAAAGGGGAUGGGAACAACAAGUCACCUGUAAAAACGGGCAAAAGCCUAGAGGGAUUAUCAGAGACUGCUACACCAGAUUCUGAGCAGGAUUCAGAAAAGGAAAAGGGAAAUGAGGUGAGUCAAGGGGAGAGGGAGCAGGCAGAGGAGGAGCCGCUCGGGGAAGAUGGCGUUCUGGCUGCCGCCCCUGCUCGCACCUCCAUUUCUUCAGCCAGCUCGGCCAAGUCCCUCAGCUUCCUGUCCCUACUGAGGGGCGGCCGGAGAGGAAUGGGGGACCGUCGAGCACACACAGUGUCCCAGCCUUCUGGUCGGCAGCGUCGAGGGUUAAAGGGUCUCUUUGGUACUGUGAAGUUCCGAUCAAAGGAUAAAGAUGACAAGGAGGAAGCCCCUCCGAGCCCACUUCUUAUGUCGUCCCGCGCAAACAGUGUGGAGAUCAUCAAAGAGGACCUCACCCUCACCCCGAAAUCACCACGCUCUCUGGACAGCCCAGUAACUGAGCCCAUCAAGAGUCUAACAUCACAAGAAAGUACAGCCACGAGUCCGUCAGACACCAUAAUUCCCCAAGGGACAACAGGCAAUGUGAGUAGUACUAAUGAGCAUGUGCCGCCUUUACCUGACUCUGAACCCCCCUUGAUACCCGGUGAUAACAGCCUGAGCUCCUUGCUGGCUGACAUCUCCUCUCUCCUGACAUUUGAGUCCAUCUCGGGGGGUGAUAUCAUGGCCGAUGUGGAGGCAGAGUGGGGAAAAGCCAGCAGUGCCAUCAGUGCUGUGGUGACCGAAGUCCCGCCUUCAUCCACAUCUACCUUCUCCAAACCUUCCAUCUCCUCUCCGCUGACUUCUACCUCUGUUCGCACUGCCGACAAAGCCAAACCCUCUUCUCCUGUAGCCUCGACCCAAUCCUUCACUCCUCUGACAAAGACGUCCACAACUUCCUCUCCCAUUGCCAAGCCGAGCACCAUCAUCACGACACUGACCAAAUCUUCCACUUUGACGACUCCCUCGGUCAAACUGAGCUCAGACUCUGCUUCAGUCUCCACCACCCCUAUAACGCUAACAAGCUUCUCUGGUCCAAAAAUGUCUUCCCCUUCAAUGACAGCUAAAUCCUCUGCUACAGCCACAGCUCCUUCAAUCACCCCAGCUACUGUAGCCAAGGCUCCCUCAGUUAGUUCAACCCUUACUUCUACAAUUAGCAAACUGGCAUCAGAGAUUCCACCUCCAGUAAGUAAACCUAGCCCUGUAGCAGCUCCUGCCCCAGUAAAACCUCAAGUGACCCAUAGCCCCCCAACCCCUGUUUCUUUUACCCAAUCUCCACCUCCCAAAUUGGAUUCAACUGGUAGUUCUAGCUUGCAAACUUCAACUUCCUUCAAACCAAUCCCUAGCUCAGUUUUGGCAGAAUCUAAACCCCCAGUCACCGAAUCACUGGCGUUUACUAUUUCCGCUAAACCUGCCCCUUCUUCACCUGGUGUUACCUCCAAGAUGACAACUGUUACUACAUCAACUGCGACCUCAAGUUCAGUAUCUGCUGCCCUAUCCAAGCCCCAACUCAUAUCAAGCCCACUGGACCUAAACAAGACAACUCCUUCCCUUGCAACUGUUCCAGAUUUUUCCUCUACUUUUACUUCCACAACCAAAACCCAACCCUGCCCUCCACCUUUCCCAACUCUCCCUUCUGAUAAACUCCCUCCUGCCUAUAAACCUCCACCUGCACCAUCCUCUUUCGACAAGGCACCCCCUCCUUCAACGCAGGUUUCAGCUUCUGCUCCCAUUUCUAGUGUUUCCAUGCCCUCCCCAACACCUCCAGCUCCAGGCCAAAUACCAGUCAUUCAAUCUAAAGGUCCUCCUACCACUAGCUCUAUUACUGGACUUAAAGAUUCCCCUACUCCCGGUCCGAUGCAAUCUUCUCAAUCUAAAGACCCUUAUUCUACUGCUCAAAUACCAGUUUCUCAACCCAAAGCUCCUGCACAAGAUGAAAUCCCAGUAUCUAAAGAUCCUUCUCCUCCCUGUUUCCCAGUUUCUGUAGUCAAAGACCCUCCUGUCACAGCUCGUCUCCCAGUUUCUUUAUCUAAAGACACUCCUGCUCCUGCCCCCAGUCCUCCUGCCCCUUUUCAUGCCCCAGUUUCAGUAUCCAAAGACGCUCCAGCUUCUGCUCAGAUUCAACUUUCUCAAUCUAAAGUUCCCUCUGCCCCCACCCCUGCUCCAUGCCCUGUCUCUUCUUCUCUUUCUUCUCCCCCUUCACCCCGGCAGAGUGAGGCCUCUGCCAAGACGAGAGGAAGCGAGGAGGCUUCAGUGGAUGGGAAACUGUCGAGUCCAAGCAGCACAGACGCCCGGAGAUCUCAUAUUGUGCCAGACAAAACAGAGGAGCAGCAACAUGAGUCACGAGCGAGCCUCCAGGGAAUCCAUAGAGAGAAGAAGAUGCCUCAAGCUAAGGCAUCCGGACUUAGCAAGAUACCCGUGGUCGGAGGAGGGAGGCCUGGUAAGAUACCUGUCCGGGACAGUCAACAUGCAGAAGAUGAGGUGACAAGAGACCCGCCGACUCCUGUGUUUGAAGAAGAGAGGCCAAAUUUCAACUCACAUGAUGCAGGAGGUCGAGAUAAAGUCAGAGAUGCUGAGGCUAGCGUGCCCACCUCAAAACCCAGCCAGGAGGAGAGCCAACAGCAGAAAGCGCUCACCAGUUUACCACGUGACUCGAAGAUCCCUGUAAAGCACGGCGCUUCACAAAUCCCUCAAGCUAAAGAGACACCACGCACCAAGAUACCAGUGUCUAAGGUUCCCGUCCGCAGGGUUGGUAACAAACCUGCAGCUGCAGGCGGCAGCACCCCGAUAAGAAAAUGAAAUGGAUACAGGUUAUGGCUUGGACUGCAACUUUUUUUCCCCACAGCCACCCUUCUUAAACUCAUAUUUUUAUCCCAUACUUCACGGCUUGUUUCUCUGUCAUCUCUUCACUACACAAUAAGCAGCAGUAACAGAGUUAAGGAUCCUGGCAGCUCUCAAGCACAAAACAUCUCCACAGGGAGCCGGAGCGGCAAGUCUGGCUCUGUGGUGCUGAGUAAACGGGACAUGCACUCAGGAAAGGUUUCAGGGUUGCACCUGAACACAAAGCAGAAGCAGUAUUGGUAAAGUCAAAAAAAAAAACAAAAAAAACAAAACAAAACAAAAAAAACAGGAUAAGCAAAGCUAAAAGGUCUUCUGGGAACACAGUCUCACAAACGACAUGGGCGAGUGCCUUUAAAAGGGUGCUUUUCCUACAGACUCAAAAAUUUGUCCAGUCUUUUUCUACGGUACUUUUGACUUUUGUUACUCCCACUUUUUGUAGGAAGCGUCUGAUCUUUUUUGUCUUUCUUUCCUGGAAGUCUCUUUGAUAACAACAAAGUCCCUUUACAUUUUAUUUAUGUCAGAAGAACCACAGGAGCUCUACGAAUUCAAUGCAAAACAACCAAAUUUUACAUUCCAUGACUAUCUCUGGAUGUAUGUAGCAGAAAAAAAAUGUGCCAUUAUUUUUUGCACAAGAUGUCGAACUGUACCGCGCCUGUUUGUCUGCCUGCUCAUAUGUAACAUGAUCAGAUCUCACUGUGAACUAGUUGACAGACUGAUUUUAAGGGAGGAACUCCUUCCUGUGAAAAGGACAGAAGCCAUUGUGAAUGGCAAUAUGAACGCUUGAGAUCUCCAGCUCGAAUACUGGCACAUCCUUAUCCUACUUAUACUCAAGAUGAGAUCAAUAUCUCUGUGAAUAGUCUCAUCUAUGUUGUUCUGUUUCCUAUUUAAUCAAUAAAACA